CUUCCUGUCUUUACGACGGACAUUUCUGCCUCUAUUGAGCGAGCGGCUGGCCUGGAGCCUAGUCAGACUUCUGGAUCUAAUUUUGACAACCUUCCAAUAUGGCCGUUUCUGCUGCGUGCCAAUCCACAUCUUCUGCUGCCUGCCAUUAAAUAUCACACCAAUUUAGACGACCUAUUGGAGUCUGGAGAGUCUAGGCAAGGAAGCAAUAAGGAUUCUUUUAGACCCUUUAUUCAUUCGGCCUGUGGUUCAGGUUUGGCUGCGAAUACUCACUCAUUCUCUCUUCAGGGCAUUGUGGAACAUACUCCACAUUCUCUCAUUGGUUCUGGACUCCUCUCUUAUGCUAAUCACAUCACUGAGCAAGGCCUGACUGCUCUUAGCAGUAUUGAAAACGCUGUCUCUGCUAAUAUUGGAAUUGGAAUCGGAAGGGGGAACAGCCUCCGCCCUGCGACUGGCCUCCAUCCAGCUGAAAUGACCGGAUUUUUCAUUCCUAACGCGGUUGAUCUAACCUCAAUUAGAAAUCGUGGCCUACCUUCUUUUGGUCUUUCGUCUGGUCCAUUAUCAAGUCUUGGAAUAUUCUUGCCUGCCUCCUUGGCUCAAUCUGCCUUUCCUAUGCAGAAUGUCUUGGGAGGUAUUGUUUCGACGUCCGGAGUUUCUCCAGGAGGUGCCAUCGCCUGUCUUUUACGGACUAGUUUGCCAAAAAAUUUUGACAUCAACUCCGGCGAUGACGAUGUUAUUGACUAUCGCUACUUUAUUGUAGUGGCGGGCACCGGCAUUGUAUCUGGAGCUGCUCCUGCUCCGGUAACUCCUGGCGCCGGCAUCACCACACCGACUUCGACUCCAACAUCUACUCCUUCAUUUAGCCCAAGUGGGCAUCAACAUCAACCGCAACAGCAGCCCCAGUCUCCACAGCCUGUUGCCGUAGCAUCUACUGGUAGCGGUUAUGAUGGCCCUUUUGAACAACGUGGCAAGAUGGCUAUUUUCGAGAUUGACAAUUUGUUGAUCGAGGCUUCUAGAUGUCAGGAUGCAGAACUGUUGCGGCUUGCAAAGUUAACAGCUGUUAGUCAGCUCCUGGCUAAUGAAGAAAAUUCACGCCGUUUAUUGACACACCACAAGACUACUUCUAGUUCAGAGACAAUACAAGCUGAUCUGCCGACUCAUUCGGAUCAUGGGAAGGGUAGUCUUAUUCUUCCUGGCCAAACCUGCGCACGUCCCUUCAUCUGCCAGCUAAGUGACUUGCCCCGUGUCUCCGUUGCAUCAGCUGGAUUUAAUAUCUUCAAGUUUGUUGUUAAUCCGGCAAAUCAAGCUAUGUUUGCCGUUUGUGGUGUUCGGGUGAGUAGUCAGCUCUCGGACUGCGUUGUUCUUGGCAUCACUAGCCGAGGCCAAGUAUGUGGGCGCGUCUCCAUCUCCCCUGGGCUAGAUGACAAGGGCGAACAGUUGAUAAAGCCGUUCUGGUUACCUGAUUCCAAGCGACACUUGGCUCUCCUGACUACACAUUCGGUCCAGUAUUAA